AUGAUCUCCGACGACGAUCUGUACCGUCUUGCUAUCUUCCUUGGCUCCUGCGCCAUGAUGAUGAUUGUCCUAUACCACUUCCUGGAUGUCAAUUCCAGCGACGAGUCCGCCGACUCAGUGAGCAACCCCAAGAGCUCAGCAACAACAACCUCCGCAGAGGUGUCCACUUCAGGGAACGGGAACUAA